AUGUGGAUCUUUGUCGCGCCGCCACCGCCACCGAGCUCACCCUCACCUCCCGGUCACGCUCCGUACCGGUCUAUCAUCCGCAAGCCAUCCAACUCGUCAUCGGCCAUUCCGGCGCUGUGGCUCCACCCGGCGCCCAGAGCCGGCUUGCGGGUGGCCGCGCGCGGAUCAUGGGUCUUUGAUCAGGCCGCUGUUGUCGACUCGCCGGCGACUGUCACCCUUCUGCCCGGCGCCUGGCACGCGCUCGCCCUCGUCGUCGAGUAUGGCGCCCAAGCGGACACAGCCCGGGUUUACAUCAACGGCUCGCUAGCGUUCUCGGCGUCGUGGCCGGCCCAGCCGCUCGCACCGCAGCACUCGUUCGUCACCAACACCGGCGACUGGUUCAUCGGGUGCGAUCCCUGGUCCAAGAGCGGCUUUGCCGGUGCAGUCGAGGGCGUUGUCGUCCGCGAUGUGCCACUUCCUGCUCCGCAAAUUGCCGCGCUUGCCCACAAAAACAACGAACUUGUUCUCUCACCGAUCUUUGUCCAGGUCUUUGACGCUGCGUCUUCCCGCCGUGACGCCAAGGUUGUCAGCUGGCAGGCGAGCCGGGGUGAGGGUGAAGCCAGCAGCGCGUCUGAACACUGGGCGCUGGCGUAUGCGCGCUCCGACUAUGCGCGCAUUGCCCUCGACGGCGACCCGCAGUCCUCACUCGUUCCACAUCCGAUGCUCACCGCGCUCCGCCAUGUGCCGGCGUCUAGGAUUUGCGCCAGCCUGGCCCUCGACAUGCAGAUGGGCGCAGCUGACGCGCUGCUGACACAAGCGUGGCAGGCAAUGUGGGGCCUUUGCAUGCCGACUCAGCCCAGCGCUGCCUUUAAGCUGCUGGAGACAGCCGUCAGCGAGCUGAACGAUGCUCGCGCAGCGCUGCUCCUCGGCGCGCACCAUGCUGCAGGUGGACGCAACGUGUCAGCGCAAGCCUACUUUGAUCUCGCGACGAUGCUAGGGCUGCCGCAGGGCGCGGUCGCGUCCGUCGACGGUGGCCGGGACCGUCCGGUCGAGGCGUGGCGUGCGCUGGCCGAUGAAGGUCUCGCAGCGACGGCAGCGUGGAGCGCGCCACCGUCGCUCGCCAUGGUCCCGGCUAUUGCCACGGAAGCAGCCCUCCUCGCCCGCCCGCUGGUGCCGGUAGGCGACGACGCUGACCUCCCGCUGCCGCGGUUCUUUGAGACUGAGGUUCAGAGCUGGGUCAGGCAGCUUCUUCCGGGAGAGUCGGCUGACAUGGCUUCCGCGCGUGCAAGAGUUGCCACUGCUCUCUCGUCACUGGUCCAUGGUGACCAUGCGCAUGCGCAGUCGAUCUUUGGGCGCGAGAUGCAGCGGGCCGCCGCGCCGCGUCGGGUUGCCGCCAUUGCGGCCAUGUUCCAGGGCGUCAUGGCCCAGCAUGGCCUGGGCGAGACCAAAUCGCUGCCACGGAGCCUGGUACACUACCAAAAGGCGCUCAGCGAACUUGCUACCAUCAACGGCGGUGCGUCGGCGGCAGGCGAUGCUGGCGCGUGGUACGUGCGACUGCACUGGGCAACUGCGCUGUGCGAGGUCGGCCAGAUUGUUGAGGCGGCCAAGCUGCUGGCGGUCAACGCGCGGGACACGCAUGCCACACCCAUCGAUGGCGACGAGCUGCUUGCCACAGCCUGGCUCGCACUCCGUGAUGCAGCAGGCGCCCGCGGCGCCACACUCGACGCCAGCGUGAUACCGAGCUACAGUUCGCUGCUCGACACGCUCGUCGACGCCGGCUCGCCGGUCGGACAGGCUGGCCGCGGAUACCAACUCAUCGAACGGACAGUGGUCACGCCGCCGCCGCAUGCUCCCCCGCUACCGCGCCAGCAACUCGAAUCCAUGGAGUACUCCGCGCGGUCGCUGCUUGUGGCGGCCGCCGGUCGUGCACCCAACCAUGUUCAGGCACUGGGUCUGGCAUGGUUUGCGGCACGAGCUGGAGCGUCCGAUGCUGCCCUCACGCUCUACAGCAUAGCAGCAUGGUCUGGCUCGCGCGUCGCCGCCCGCAACGCACUUGUGGUCAUCGAUGACCUCUUCCGCACUCGCGACGGGUCCGAUCCGGCGCUGGCCCGGCUCCGUGCCCGCUUUGUCCACAUCCUUGCUGACUGGUCGUCACCGGACCCGUACGCGGGGCUUGAACUCGGCUUGGCCGCCGAAGCUCAGGGCGACCUUCAGGGUGCCCUGCGCUGUUACCUCAUCGCGGCGCAAGCGCCGACGUCGGACGACGAGCAGCUGCCGCAGCAGGAGGCCGGGCCCAUCGCUUACGCCGCCUUUGCUGCCGCGCGCCUUGUUGCCGGGCACCCGAACCUCGCGUCGUCGUCUCCACACACUGCCAGCGAGCUGCUUGCGCUGGCCCUGCGCAUCGAUCCAUGGCACGCCUGGCUCCCUGUCGGCGUUGCCAAGACCUGGAUGACCAUUGCACCGUGGCUGGGCCUCCCGCGAACCUGGCCGCUGUGA